CGAUUGUUGCGUUUUAAUUUGCGCUGUGACUUCUCAGGCGAAUUCGCGACGGUUGCUUUUCCCUGCUAGCUAGUGCGUGUGAGGACGUGGGCGCGGCGUGUGUAAAAAGCUUGCUAAGUAAGUGGAGUUAUGCUGUCGGCAGCUAUCCGUCAAGGCCAGCAGCGGUGCACAGCCGGUUGGCACUUCAUUGCGUCGUCGUCGCGACAGGCAUCGACGUUGCUGUUUGUAGAACAUAAUGGCGAAGGCAAGGUGGCUCCCGCCACGCUCGCUGCAGCGUCUGCUGCAUCACAGUUCCUACCAGGACCUUUAGAGGCUCUCGUAUGUGGCUUUGGCGAAGCCCUAGCCAGCACGGCGGCCUCCGUGGCUGCAGUCCCUGGCGUGACCAAGGUGUGGCUGGCGUCGGACCCCUCCCUGGAGCGACCCGUGGCGGAGCCCCUUAGCAAAUUGCUAUCCCGCAUAGCCGCCAAGCACCAGCCCAGUCAUCUGCUAGCUGCGUCCACAGCCCAGGGUCGCAACCUGCUGCCGCGAACCGCCGCCCUGCUGGGCACACAGCCAGUGACAGACGUGGUCAAAAUCCUGGACGAGAAUACUUUCGUACGACCAAUUUACGCGGGCAACGCCUUCGCCACCGUCCAGUUCUCCACACCACCACCAGCCGUCCGAGUCGUCUCAGUCCGACCCACGGCGUUUGCAGCUGGUGCCGCGGCAGCAGCCUCCUCACCCCCGGCGGGCGCCUCUCCGGCGCCGGUGGAGCCCGUGGCUCCGGAGCUGCUACAUGAGCUGGGAGACGUGGUUUCGGCUCGGUGGGAAGGCCAGGACGUUCGGAGCAGCGGCCGACCCGAGCUGGGCUCCGCAAAGGUGGUUGUGUGCGGCGGCCGCGCGCUGAAGAGCGCCGAGAACUUUGCCAUGCUUGAGGAGCUGGCUGACCAGUUGGGGGGUGCAGUGGGGGCCUCCCGGGCUGCAGUGGAUGCGGGUUUUGUACCGAAUGACCUUCAGGUGGGCCAGACCGGCAAGGUGGUGGCUCCCGAUCUGUACAUCGGCGUGGGCAUCUCGGGUGCCAUACAGCACCUGGCGGGGAUGAAGGACUCCCGCACCAUCGUGGCCAUCAACAACGACCCCGAGGCGCCCAUCUUGUCUGUGGCGGACUACGGCCUGGUGCAGGACCUGUUCACAGCUGUGCCCCAGCUCAUCAAGGAGGUCAGGGAGAUAAAGGAGCAGGCGGGGAGCGCAUGA